AAUUUCUUAUUUUCCUCAAAAAUGGGUUCACCCAUCUCCCGCCCUCUCAAAUAACCCGAAACUCUUCCCCACUUUAUUUCCCGCCUUCCAAAACCCUCUUGCUUCUGGAGUCCCAGAAUAUACGAAUCGCAUUCUUACCCAAAAACCCUAAUUUCCGAGAAACCCCCUACUUUCUUGAUUCUCUCUAUCUGCUACUCCGUUAGGGUUUCGCGGAGCCCUAGGUUUUCAAAGUAUGACGGAACUGAACGCCAAGCACCACACUCUGAUUCAAGCUCUGCUCUCUCGCGGCCCACUUAAAGAGGGCCAGUUCCACCGCAUGUUCUCGGAACUCACCGGAGAAAACCCAGGUGUUCGUCGGAAGGCGUUUGAUGAUUAUCUUCUGAGGAUAAACAAGGCCCUUUCUUAUGUUCAGUUCGAGCUGCGGGGAUGCAGGAAUCAAUAUGAUGGUCAAGUUUAUUAUGGAGUUGUCAAUAAUGUCUCUGAUGAAGAAUCGAAGCUGGGAACGACUUAUUCGGUUGCUCAGAUUGCUUUCUAUAAGGCUAUUAUAGAAGCAAUAGUGCAAGAAGCUGCUCAAGGAACCAUAUCUAGCAGUGAUGCUCUUAAUCUACGAUUAGAGAAUCAGGUUAACAGUGGUACAUCAUCACAAUCACAAGGAGGUCCAGUUCCUAUCCCUACUGCAUUGAAGAACUUUUCAAUGUCCCAGAAGGAAAAAACUCUUGAUGAAUUUGUACGGGAUAAAUGGCUUUCCUUCACUGCUGAGGGUCAUGUUGGACUUGGUGUCAGAUCCUUCCUUGAUCUGCGAAGUUGGUUUCGCAAUAAUGAUGUUCCUUCAUGCGAAGUGUGCAAUGAAGCUGGUGUGAAGGCAGUGUUAUGCCAGAAAGAGGGUUGUUCAGUUCGAAUUCAUCAGUACUGCCUAGGAAAACUGUUUGCUAAGAAAAAGGGUGAAAGAGUUUGUCCAAGUUGUGGUACUCAAUGGCAAUAUACAGGACCAAAAGCAGAAGCUGUAGAAGAUGAUGAGCCAGAUUGCGCUACUCAGAGCCAACCACCUGUGGAACCCAAGAGAAAGAAGCUGAGAACAAGCCGAAUUGGUGAUGGAGAUAUAGUUGAAUCUAGUUCCUCUCAGUCUUCCUUACCUGCGCGUAAUCUGAGAAGAUCAACUCGAAGUUCCACCCGCCUCUAAUAACUUGAUUUCAUAUGCCCUCUUGCAAGUACCUUGGAAUAUAUAUUGUAUAUUUUGCUCCUGAAAAGUAGACUGGAUGAGAAGAUUAGGGAAUGAUGUCAAACUCUUGCCUUUUGGAUGCUCACUGGUCGGUAAAGUUGUGAGUAGCAUUGUUUAUAUAGUAAUUAUAUUAUUAUGGCUACUGUUAUUUUAAAAUUUUCACAUUGUGAUG